UUGAAAAAGGUUAUGCGUUGCGAUAGCAAUCCGCCAUGACAGUCAAGUUAUUGGUCGCUAUGUUAUUCCACUGGUGGAAAGAUUGCUUCGCGAUGAGUACCAUUGAUUGUUUCAGCCACAAUGGAAAAUACUCAAAUUGACGAGGAACAGCUGAUCGACAUGGUCGAGAACAUUCCUCUCCUAUGGAAUGUGCAAGACCCCAAUUACCACAACCGUAGGAUGGAGAAAGAAGCAUGGGACCACAUCAGCGAUGCGUUUGGAGUGAAUGGUAACACUAUUAAAAAAAAGUGGACCAUAUUGCGCAGCCAGUACCACCGUGAGCUGGCAAGGUUAAAUCAACCAACCGGCUCAGCCGCUGCUAGUCUUAGUAAAUGGAAACAUUUCCAUCAAUUAUCUUUUCUUUCGGAUGUCUUUACUUCGAGGAACAUGGUAGGAAACAUGCCAUCCAUAGAGAUGACGGAAGAAUACCUUGAUUUGUCGGACAACGAAGAUGUGCCACCAGCUUCAGUGUCCGGUUUUGCAAAUACGUCCACUCCAAACUCGAUAACAGCAAACCGGCAAGACAAGUCAAAACUGUCGAAGCAAAGCGAUCUUUCCAACAUUGCUUUGCAAAUAUUGCGAACGGAGAAGGAGAAACUACAACACCUGAACAAGCAAAGUAGCAAUUACUUGUUCGCUUCUAGUUUUGCAGAGCCGUUGGACAAACUGCCACAAGAGUAGCAAAUGGGGGCAAGGCUUGCAAUGCUGGAAGCCUUUAACAAUUAUUUAAAAGAAAAAGAAUACGGAAAUAAUAAUAAAUAAUUAAAACAUGCUCGUGUGUGUCCUGGUUUUUCCCCUCAUUACCUGUUCCAUUUCAAGCUUCAAUUUAAUCCCAUAAUUGAAUAUCAACAUAAACCUCGUCGGAGUUAUUAAGCUGCGUGGGCUCUAACAUUUUUGAUACAAAUUGCACUAGUUUUCCUAAUGCUUUUGUUGUUCGCCUGAUAUAAACAUCUAAACCCGAAAUGCUAGCAAUCACCAUAGCUUAUAAUUCCAAAACCCACAGCUCCGCAGCGUCAGCAGCCACCAAUGCCGAAAAAAAUUAAAAAGUUUGAAUUAAUCAAUUUUAUUAGAAUUCAGUCUGUUAUAUAUCAUCUACAUAAAAUAAUUCAUUAAUAUAUUUAUAGUUAGGUUAAGUUAGGAAGUUUUGUUUUGCUCGGUGAGAACGGCCUGGCCGUAUGAAGACCUAUUUUACUACGUAGCAGGAUAGUCAGUCCAUGCUACGGGGAGACGGUCCGGAUGGAAUUUGAACCCGGUCCUGCCGUGUGGACCGGCGCCGUUUAUCACAUGCACCAGCGGGCCGCCCCAUCGAUACCCUACCGACAAAGAGACCUCAAAUUUGAGAGAAUUACGGUAAAAGAUCAAGAAGAACAUGGAAAACGACGGUGAAACCCGGAAAAAAGCAUGAAACCUUUGAUUGUGUGUGUGGUUGCGUACACAUGACGGCUCAUGAGACGUCCAAAAAAGCCGAAGUCUUACAAAAUUUCAAAAAAAUUGGGUCCUGUCCUGGACGCGUCCACAAAUCGCGAAGCGAAAGAGGGUUCGGGAAUUAUACCUGGGAUCUUCUCGAAGUAAAAAAGGAUUCGGAAAUUAUACCUGCGAUCCGCAUUAGAAUACCACGUGCGCUGCAUUCGGGGUAGCAAUCGGUAAAGCGUUGUUUUGCCUAAGCGUGCAGUAAGCAUAGAGGGUUUGUUUCGGCUUUCUACGAAGAUACUUGUGGACGUGGCCAGGGCGUGGGCGUUGUGUGUGUACGAUCGCUGU